UCAAAAUGUAUAGUCACCUUUGAUAUCUCAAACGCACUACAACCUUAAACCAAACAUGAAGUUCCUCAUCGUCUUCGUCGCCCUCUUCGCCCUGGCCGUGGCUAGCCCAGUUAAUCCUGAUGCAGAUGCAGUUGUCUUGAGACAGGAUGCCGAUGUUGGACCUGAAAACUUCAAAUACGCUGUCGAAACCUCGAAUGGCAUCAAUGCAGAGAGCGAAGGUCAUCUUGAGGGCCAAGGUACAGAGGAAGAGGGUAUUGAAGUGCGUGGAAGCUUCAGCCACGUUGGCCCCGAUGGUGUCACUUACACCGUCACUUACACCGCCGGUAAGGACGGUUACCAACCACAGGGUGCUCAUCUGCCCGUUGCCCCCGAAGCUUAAGAAACUUCAGUUUUAAAAUAAAUUGAUUAUUGUUAACAAAAAA